AUGUUUGCAACAAUUCUGGCUAUUCGUGGAAUAAAAGUGGACAUUGUGACGAGCUCUCCAGUUCUUGCCCGACGAGACCAAGUCACCUCAUCUGUAGUACCACCACAUUACUCAAAUGACUAUUCACCAGAGAAACAAGAAGAAUGUCUUAAAGAUGCUUACCAGCAGCAAAUAGUAUACGGCACAGUGGGAGCCUUUGCAGCUGACACACUAAAACAGGAAUUUGAGAAGAGGACUACUCGCGAUACAAGGCAGUUUGAGCUUGUAAUAGUGGACGAAGUGGACUAUAUGACCCUGGACAAUGGAGUUCAAGUAACAUUCUUGUCCCAUGAAUCUAGUGGACUCAGGCAUGUGGAGCAAGUACUUUCCAACAUAUGGGCCAUGAUAUCUAGUUGCCAACCAAUUGAAAUGCUUGAAACAGGAGAGGUAAAAUGGGCCACAAGAAUACAAUACUUUCAUAAAGCCACAACGGCAGCCGUUAUGGGACUGGAAACAUCAGACAUGUUUUCUGCAAAUGAGAUCUUGUUGCCCGGAGUGACUUUGGGAUUCUACACCCACGAAGAUAUUGAAAUGAUACAUCAAGCCGAGAGUAAGAAAGGAAAUAAAGCUGAUGGGAAUGAGGACAGAAUGUCUAAAGCAUUAUCUGAAGUCAUGAAAAAACUGGGAGUUUCACAACAGUAUGAUCUCUUGGGUAUAUUUGAGGAGGUCUUGGAAAACAGUGUAGUAUUUAAGCGCUAUUACUUAGAGAACAAGAAAGCCAAAUGUUUUGACUCUCAGGAAAAACAAGGUGACCUUAAAGUUGAAAUGCUCCUGCUGGAAGGAGGACUGGCAUGUGAAAUCAUGUCUGAGAAAUCACUCAUUGAUGCAACUGUAAGCACAAUAAAGUCAUCUAUCAAGUACUCAGAUAAUCUCCAGACAGCCAAAGAAUCCAACAACUUCAUUGUCAUCCCUGUUUUCUUGAAAAGCUAUAUUGAGAAUCAGUUACCAGUGUUUGUCGAGAAUGCACUGAAGGCUGUUGAGAUGACCCGUGGCAGAGAAUACAUGAUCGACACCUCGCCAGCUGCUGAAAGAGACAUCGCCAAUAGUCAAGACAGAGACAAGUAUAAUGCAGUAAUUCCAGUGGACUUCAAAGCAAGUGGUGUGCUGGAGAAAAACAAGAAGUGGGGUAAUGGUCUGCAACAAUUUUUAGAGUUCAAGCACCAACUUGCAAUUUCACCAUUAUCCAAUGUGACAAAUUACCUGUCAAAUUUCCAUUAUUUCAAAAGGUACCUCAGUGGGAGAGGUAUAUUUGGUGUUUCUGGUACAUUAGGAGGAAAAGCAGAUCAGGAAUUUCUGGCAAGACAUUAUGAAGCAAGAAGCUACAUUGUACCUGCACAUCGUCAUAAAAGGGUGGUGGAGCUUCCAGUCAUCCAGGUGAAAGGUGGAAAUCACCAAUGGAUCCAGACUAUUUGUGAAACGUCAUGGAAAGUAGCAGAGAGAGGACAAGUUGUCUUGGUAAUUUGUGAAGAUGUUAAAACAGCAGAUGAGCUAUACAAGAAAAUACAAGAUGAAGGCAGAUUUAAGGCAGAACAGAUUACUCUGUACACAAUCAGUGAGAAGCACAACAUUGAAAGAGAGAAAUUCUGUGCAGGCAGAAUCAUCAUUGCUACAAAUCUGGGAGGACGGGGGACAGACAUAAAGGUUGAUGAAAGUGUGAAUAAGUGUGGUGGUCUUUUUGUUCUUCUUACUCAUUUUCCACACAACCGAAGAGUCGAGAAACAAAUAUUUGGUCGUACAUCUCGAAAAGGCAAUCCUGGGAUGGUCCAGAUGGUUUUGAACUGUGAUCAUCUCGCACCCGCUUACCAAGGUCAGUCUGUAGAAAUCAUGCGCCAGCUAAGAGAGGAUUAUGAAAUUAAACGAAUCCAAGACAUGGAAAAUGAUGAGCUGGUUGAGAUAAACUUAAAGGAAAAUCUAUUCUCCAGGUUUUGUAAAUUGGUGACGGAAUUUGAAGGGCAUUACUCAGAGAAAGAAAAACAAGACCCCAUGCGAAUGCAGCUCAAUGAUAUUCCUGAUUGUUUUAAACAUCAUCAGCCUAAGUUUGAUUAUCAGCCUGCCAUCAAUGCACUGAAAGAAUCUUGGGCCUUGUGGUUAACCCUUCAUGAGGAUCACAUCAAUAGGCAUGACGACUUUGGACAACUUGAAGCAGACCUUAUCAGGACAAUAAAUGAAACAAGUGGAAAGCUGCUGCGAGGAGAAUGUGAUAAUUUCUACGAUCACGUCAAACAGGCAAUUGUUAGAACUAAUCUACACUGCCGUGAAAAAUCCAAAAAUGAUUAUGGAGCUAAAUCCGGUUGGCAAAAAGUUGCAAACUCUGACCCACACUACAGGGCUGUGGCACUGUAUAACCAGGCGUACAUCACCAUUAACCUCGGUAAAGGGAACUAUAAAGCAGAUGCUAUGAACCUGCUCGAAGACGCAAAGAAAUCCAUUGACCUCUACAUCUUAGAAGUCUCAAACACAAUGGUCUCAUGUAACUUAUCAGUCACUGGAAACAAAGAUCAGAGCACAGAGAGCAACAACUUUCAGAGUCAAAUGGAGGCCAGAAUGAACAUCUUUAAGUCUUGGAUGACAUACAUUGAUAAUGCAUUGAUUAAACUUAAAGAGCUGGAAAAAGAUGACGCCAUUACAGAGGAGUGUUCAGUCUACAUGCUGUCUGGAGAAAAGAACUUCAUCAUCACUAAUGAACUGAGAUCCUUAUACGACUAUGGCCUCGGUGUUGUUUUUGAGGUGCAAAAGAAGCCCAAGUUUUGCAUAGAUGCUUGUAUAUGUUUUAUUCUUGGCAUGGUACAGGUUCUCGCUGGGUUUCUUGUUUGUGCGCUGACACUUGGAACAGCCAGCCAGUUUGGAUUGGGCCUGAUUUCAGAAGGAGUGAACGACAUGAUCAGUGGAGUAGAGGGGAUGAUAAAGGGCACAUUCGAUUGGGCGUCAUGGGCUAUAUCUAAGAGUAUCAGCAUUGGGCUUUCUUUGAUAACGGCUGGCUUUAGCAACAUCAAGAAAGCAGUUUCCUCAGUGUUUAAAGUGACAAAAAGUCUCCUCAAUGGUACAAAGUCUUUUUCUUCUGUUGCAUCUGAAUUCAUCAAAUCAGGAAAGGCAAUGUUUACUUCAUUCAAAGGAGGUGUUCAGUCUGGUUUAUCAUCCGUCAGUAAGGAAUCUUUUAAGUCUGCGAUGAAAAACAUGACAUCUUCUACAGUGAUCAAACAGAACUUAAAAUUUGCGACUAAAUAUGUAGUUCAGGAAAUCGGGAAACAGUCUGUGCUCACUGCCAUGAACUACGCAAUGGAUGCAGCCCUUCAGGAAUUCUUUAAGACGAUUUUACAAAGCAGCUUUGAGAAUGUUGUUAUUUCAUCAGUGAAGCAGAGCAGUGAACUCGAUCAGACUCUUGUGGAGUUUAUCAGCUCAGGCAUUCCGAAAGCUGCAUUGACAAUAGAGGAUUUCAAGAUUGACCAGAAUUAUGAGAAGCAAGUUAAAAAAUCAGUUGGCAUGCUCUGUGAAGAUGUAAUUCCUGACCUCAUACUGGACUGUACCACAGCACAGGAUGUUAUCAGUAAACUCUCUGAAGUGUGGGAAAAAGCAGAAGAGCUUAUGAAUAAAGCCAAACUGUCAGGAGUAUAUGAAAUGGCAAAGCUGGUUCUGAAAGUAGCUGAGUACUCAGCAGGUUUCACUCAAAUAAUGGGUGCCAUACCAACAAAAGAGAUAAUACAACAGAAAUUUGUUCCUGAAUUAUUGGAGAACAUCAGUGAGCUUCAGAAUGAAACGACAAAAUAUGACCAAGAUGGACGACACAAUUUACACGAUGUACUGCGCCUUAAAUGUGAAACUCUCCAGACUAUCACCCAGAAGGUGUCUGAACAAUUCAUCAGUUCUUGUUCUGAACAUAUAAAUUCUUUAAAGAACAGCAAAUUUAAGAGUCACUUGAACAGUGCUGCAGGAAUGGCGCUGGACCACGUCAUGCACAGACAAAAAACUCAGCGCUUCUUUGAUGACCAGAGGGAAAAACACAACAAGAGAUCUGUGAGCCACAAGGAAGUGGAACAGCUGUCAGAUGAGGAAAAAACAGAGCUAAAGCAGUAUACAGAAGAUAUGUGCAAAGCUGAUCAUCCUACUACAGCCCUCGAUGUGUAUGUGCUCACAAAAAGCAACCUGCUCGGUGGAAAAGGAAUUGAACUCACUGCCGUUGAUGAAAAUGGAAAACAGCUCACUGUGGAACGUUACCCAGGAACCAACAAAUCAGCAGGCGAUAUAAAAUUGACAUUAACCAAGCCUGCAAAAACCACACAUCCAUCACAAGCUGAUACACAGCUGUACAGUGGCCGUUUUGACAUUGUACAAGAUGAUGGCAGAAUAGUCAGCGUUAACUCGGAUCAUCAGAACGCUCUUUAUCAUGCUGUAGCACAAGCAACUGGCAGCGAGACAAAGGACCUAAAGAUGGAAGCUUUGAUGCUACGCAAGAAAGUGAAAAAUGAGAUCCAGACAAACUUUGAGUCGUACACACCCCUGCUGAUUCUCCAGAGAGGAUACGACUUCUGUCACAAAAACCCCAGUAAAUACAGCAUAACUGGAAGCAGUGUAAAAAAGACUGACGUUUUACUGCAGAACUACUUACAGAGUGUUAAAUCCAUCAGAUGUGGCGAACGAACCUUCAUCAAAAUGUACCAUCUUGGAUUUGUUGGUGAAUAUAAAAGUGUUGUAAGUGCUCGGGGGUCCAGUAAGAACACCACAGGAACACUUAACACAAGCCACAUUCCACCAAAGGACUCCAUCAGAAUUGCUGAGUCUGUCAUAGAUAAACCAGACUCAGUGAGCGAGCUGAAAAAUAAAAACCUGCCGCUUUAUAACCUAAUCAGCAGCAUGAAGACGGACAGUAAUGGAUGGAACCUGAUUGCCAUGGAGGUUCUGGGACAAGAUCACAGACGAGCUCUGACUACGGGUCCAAGCAGCCUCUCAAAGACGGCCAGGAAACUUUUAGCAGACACCAUAGUUAUUGGAGACGUGGAGCUUCUGCUGAAACGCUGCAUGAUUCUGCAUCACCCGCUCACCUCACAAAAGCUGAGAGAAGCUCUAGGUGAAAGCAUUCCCUCUCAGUGCCACGUUUUGUCCGAUGAAGGUAUCCGAGGCUACUACAAAGCAGGAUACAGAAACCUGGUGUCAGAGUACAGCCGCAUGGGAAUCCUGGAUCAGAACCAGUGUGAGCGUCUGGACGAGUGGGUGACUCAGGACCAGCACGAGGACACUAACACUGCAGAGUACAGCCAGGUUCUGCAGGGGUUACAGUAAAAAUGCCUAGUGUUAGUGAACACAAUUUCCUUUCAGUGCCUUAAUGAUAAAUAUGAUGGUGCACUGAAAUUGCAUUGAUUGCAAUAAAUAAAUGAAUGAAAAAUAGUUUUAGCAAGUAAAGAUAUCUUGUAAUAUUGGUAGAUAAUUUUGAUAAUUUUAAGCAUUUAUUUUUAGGAUGAUAAAAUAAGCAUUUAAAAUUCAAAAUCAGUAGAAGUAUCUAGAAAUAUUGUGUUCUAUUAAAACAAAUCUAGUGUUUUGAUGUAGUAAUUUAAGUUUGGGUUUAAGCAUUUAGAAAAUCAGAAUACUACAGGGUUAUUCCACAAAACAUGAAUUGAAAUCCAAACAUAAUAAUGGUGUUGGGUUGCGAUUCAAAAAAUAAAAAUAAAAACACACAAAUAUAUACAUAUAUAAAAUCUAAAAACAAAUGUUUAGCUUCUCUUCAGUAUUGCUCUGUAGUGUAGAACAGGAACAUGCUUCAAGCUCCUCUCUGAUUAAAAGUUAUAAAAACACUGAAAUCAUUAAAAAUGUGUACUGAUUUUAUAAUCACAUAAUUCUUCAUAAUCCAUUAAAUGAAUCUCCAUUUUUCACACGUGUAUUGUAAAAUGUUUUGCUACUAAUCUGCAUAAUGCUGGUCAAUGGAUUUGUACUUGUAACUGAUCACAUUUUCUGAAAAUAUGCCAAUAAAAUGUUAUUGUUGUU